AGGGAGCAUGUGAUGUCCAGUGUCCGUCUCUCGAUCGUGUGUGAAAUGAAGUGUAUAGUGAUAAAACUCGAGACAUAAGUGAUCGUUUCAGAUUUCUAGUGUAAGUGACGCUUUAGUGUAAAGCAGAGUUUAUUUACAGAUUAAUAUUGAAAAUGACUUAACCGCCUUCAGAAUGCAGUCAACAAGCCUAGUCUUGACCUUCACAUGUGUCCUUUUGCUGACCUGCACUCAAGCUAAAAUAGGUUAUUUCUGGCAUAUAACCGACUUUCAUUAUGACCCAUUGUAUACAUCACAAGGUGAUACAAGGAAACAUUGCCGACGAACCGAUGAACGAGGCAGUUCAGGUCAUCAUCGGGCACUUGGACGAUUCGGUGACUACUCAUGCGACAGUUCAUUAGAUCUCAUACAAUCAGCUCUGCGGUAUAUGCGUACGAGGCAUUCUGAAAAUGUUGAAUUCGUGCUAUGGACUGGUGAUAUCAUAGCCGCCGGAUACCAUACGAAUGAGGACGACAGGUACCAGGCGAUAAGAAAUAUGACGGAGUUGCUUCGAAUGACAUUUAGCUCGCAUUUCGUUUUCCCCGUAUUGGGACAUACGGAUCCAGCCCCUUCAGAGAGGUUAACGAAUUUAUGGAGCCAUUGGUUGCCCAUGGAAGCUUUGCAAACCCUGAAAAAUGGUGGUUACUACACAAUAGAGCAAACACAGAGCAAACUUCGCAUUGUAGCUCUAAAUACAAACUUAUUUACACUACGAGAAGAAAACACGGUACCUGCCCGUCGGCAGUGGGAGUGGCUGGAAAAAGUCCUCGAUAAAGCUACUACAAACAAAGAGAUGGUAUACAUAGUGGGCCACGCUGCACCUGGUUCAGAUUCCCGGUACAAUACAUUAUCUGUGGACGCGAACGGGAAGUAUCUACGAUUGGUUCGCCGCUACGCCCGUAUCAUUGCUGGUCAAUUCUUUGGCCAUUUGCAUGCCGAUACCUUCCGUGUUAUAUACGAUAAAGAAAACCCCGUAUCAUGGGCUUUAUUAGCACCAUCCGUUAGCCCACAUCGAGAGCGAGGAGGGUCCUCUAACCCUGGCCUCAGGCUUUAUAAGUUUGACACCGACACAGGAAAGGUCUUGGACUAUACACAAAUCUACUUGGAUCUAGAGACUGCUAAUCGUGCAGAUUCAGGGGCGGAGUGGAUAGCGGAAUAUAAUCUCACACAGUAUUAUGGCCUUCGCGAUGUAUCUGCCGAGUCUCUCCAUAAUUUAGCUGAAAAGCUGCGAAUUGCUUCUCCUCAUGAAACGUCAUAUUUUAAUAAGUACAUUCGAGCAUACAGCGUUAAAUAUGACAGCGCACACAACUGCGAUGGUGCGUGCGCGCAUCAACACUUCUGCGCAAUCACGUGUCUUGAGCAUGUAGCGUAUAGACAGUGUGUGGAGGCCGCAGCAAGCGCACUCGCGGCUUCUGGGCGAUCCGCUUCGCUCGCUCCGCUUGUGAAUGUAGUCAUUACCCUUUUAUUUAUUGGACUAAGCUUUUGUUAGGAAUCAAAGUGACUGAACAAUUUUAGUGUUAGUGGUGAAAUGCUCAGGCAGUUUGUGAUAUUCAAGUAUUUGAAAAAGUGAAGGAUUUUCUGCUACAAUGUUAUGCUGUCUAUUUGUUAAGUAACGUUUUAUUGAUGGACUUGUUAUAAGGCUUAACAGGUCAUUUUUAUGUACUGAAACGAAAUAUUCAUAUUAGGUAAUAAUAUACUAAAGUUUCUAAAAAAAUAUUUUUUUUUAAAUUAAACAUUUAGCUAAAACGAAUAACGAUAUAUUUAGAAAUGUUUCUUUAACUUUCAGUUUAAUUACCACACGCAAAGCAAAUAAUAAUUAUAAUUUUAAACUCAAUUCAGAAGUAUGUUAUUAAAAAAUGCUACUCACGGUUUAUUUUAGAAUGAAAAUGGAUUAAUUGUAAAUAUUUUUUAUUUAAUAUAGUCUGCGAAUGCAAAAGCAUUUUGUAAAAAGCUAUUCGGAAUUUGCAGGUUGUCUAUUAUCCAAUGUUAUGAGAGAGUUUGUUUAUCCAAUGUCAAUUUACUUCCGGUUUGAUAUUUAGAAGUUCUUACCUUAGAUUUAAACAAUAUCUUCGUAAUCGUUUAAGUAUUUUAUCUUAUUGUAAAUAUUUUAGAGAAUAAUUCAUAGGCGUUAUUACAGCAAAUGUGAACAGUCAUGUUUUUUUUACUCUCAAGGUUAUAAAAAUAACAGGUGUAUAGAAUGUGCGGGCAGGUCGUAGCCGACGCCCUCAGAUGGCGGUUUCCUGCACUCGCUCCGCUUGUGAACACAGUCUCUACCCUAAGAUGAUAUGAUAUAAUGAACUUUAUGUGAAAUGUAUUCUAUAUGUUUUCCCCGAUUAGGUUAAAUGCUUGUAAAGCUUCAUAAUAUAGAUUUAAAGAGAAAUUUUAGUCAGAGUCUUAGCAAGUAUGUGGCCUCUUUCCUCUUUGGGGGACAGGUGUCAGCUAUAAAGAUAAAAAUAAUAUUGCGGUGUCAACGGAGACUUAAAAUAUAAAAUCGUUUAUAGCACAUUAUUUUUACAUUAUAAUAACAUCAGAUAUAGGAUACAGAGAUCGGCACGUUGGAAAACGUGUAAUCUAUUGGUAAAAUUUUUUGCACAUUCGUUAAUUUUUUUGGAAUCCAUCAUAAACGGUGAAGUUGCAUGCAUUAAAAAAAUAUAGACAUUUGAUUUUUAUUUUUGUAAUUUUAAGAAAUUUGUGUAUAUAAAGUAUAUUAAAUUUUGUAAACGUGGAACAACUAGUUAGUAAGAUAGUAUUGAAAGCUUAUAAUUUCAGGCAAUUUAUUUUUCUCGAUUGGAUAAUUUUGUAUAAGU